AAUGGCGGCCAUGGCUGCGGAGGCGGCGGCGACUGCGGCGGUGCCGGGGGACGGCGGGGCCGGCGAAGCCGAGCCCGAGAUGGAGCCGAUCCCGGGCAGCGAGGCCGGCGCGGACCCUCUACCCGCCGUCAGCGAGGCCGUGGAGUCGGCGGUGCCGGAUGGCGAGGAGGCCGACGGCGGCAAGGCCGAGGAGCCGCCGCCGGUGCAGCGCGCCCGGAGCCCCGGCGGGACUCGCGAGCCGGACGCGGGAAGGACGGAGGAGCCGCCGCCGCCGCGCAGCCCCGGGGUGGAAUCGCCGCGGGCCGAGCCCCGCGCAGCGCCCAGCCCGGGCUGCUCGGAGCCGCCGCAGCCCUGCCCGCCGCCCGAGCCGGCCCGGGAGCCGCCGCAGCCCUGCCCGCCGGCUGCCGGGGGCUCCGCGGGGCCCGGGGAGGAGCCGCCCCGGCCGGAGGAGGAGGAGCCGGAUGCUGCCGCCGCCGCCGCGGUGGAGCCCGAGCCGGCGGUGCCCGCGGCCCCGGGCGGAGGGGAGGCGGAGGUGCCGGCGCUGCUGCCCGGCUCCGAGGUGCGGGUCACCCUGGACCACAUCAUCGAGGACGCCCUGGUGGUCUCGUUCCGGCUGGGAGAGAAGCUUUUUUCCGGGGUCCUCAUGGACCUCUCGAAAAGGUUUGGCCCCCAUGGAAUCCCUGUGACCAUAUUUCCUAAAAGGGAGUACAAGGACAAACCUGAAGCCAUGCAGCUCCAAAGCAAACCAUUCCAAGAGGAGGCGCAGGUGAAGUGCGAGGCCGACGCCGCGGUCCCUGAUGACUCCUCCCUCACGCAGCCCUCAGAGCCCAGCAUAGCUAAAAGCCUUUGGACUUCUAAACCACCUCCUCUCUUUCACGAGGGAGCUCCAUACCCUCCUCCUUUGUUUAUCAGGGACACCUACAACCAGUCAAUACCUCAGCCUCCACCCCGGAAAAUCAAGCGGCCCAAGCGGAAAAUGUACAGGGAGGAACCCACUUCGAUCAUGAACGCCAUCAAACUACGGCCCCGGCAGGUCCUGUGUGACAAGUGCAAAAACAGCGUGGUGGCAGAGAAAAAGGAGAUCAAGAAAGGUGGCAAUGCAAGUGACUCUUCCAAAUAUGAGGAUAGUAAAAAGCGAAGAAACGAGAGCGUGACUACUGUGAAUAAAAAACUUAAGACUGACCAUAAGGUGGAUGGAAAAAGCCAAAACGAAAGCCAGAAAAGGAACGCUGUGGUCAAGGUUUCAAAUAUUGCCCACAGCAGAAGCAGAGUAGUUAAAGUUUCCGCACAAGCAAAUACUUCAAAAGCGCAGUUAAACACAAAAAAAGUUCUCCAGAGCAAAAACAUGGAUCAUGCAAAAGCUCGGGAAGUCUUGAAAAUGGCCAAAGAAAAGGCACAAAAGAAGCAGAGUGCAACCUCCUCUUCCAAAAAUGCACAUUCAAAGGUCCACUUCACGCGGCGUCUUCAGAACACCAGCUCAGGGUCCCUCCCGCCCCGAUUGCGCCUAAAGCCCCAGCGGUACCGCAACGAAGAAAAUGACUCUUCCCUCAAGACAGGACUUGAGAAAAUUCGGAGUGGCAAGAUGGCAACUAAGCCCCAGUCUCGCUGCUCCUCCACCCGCUCAGCAGGUGAGGCCCCUUCAGAAACCCAGAGCCCCUCAGAAGGCCCCGAAGAGGCCAGCAGUGAGGUUCAGGACACGAGUGAAGUGCAUGUAACUGUUGAUCAGGAUGAACAGCAGACACUGGGCAAGAGAGGCAGCAAAAGCAAUAUAACGGUUUACAUGACCCUUAAUCAAAAGAAAUCUGACUCUUCCAGUGCAUCAGUUUGUAGUAGUGAUAGCACAGAUGAUUUGAAAUCCACCAACUCUGAGUGUAGCUCUACUGAAAGCUUUGAUUUUCCUCCAGGCAGCAUGCAUGCACCUUCCUCCUCCUCCUCCUCUUCCUCCUCCUCCUCCUCUUCGAAGGAAGAGAAAAAGCUCAGUAAUUCCUUGAAAACAGAAGUCUUUUCCAAAAACGUCUCUAAAUGUGUCACACCAGAUGGCAGGACCGUAUGUGUAGGGGACAUUGUUUGGGCCAAGAUUUAUGGCUUCCCUUGGUGGCCGGCCCGUAUCCUUACCAUAACUGUGAGCCGCAAGGAUAGCGGGCUGCUGGUGCGCCAGGAGGCUCGUAUCUCAUGGUUUGGCUCCACCACCACGUCUUUCCUUGUUCUUGCACAGCUCUCCCCCUUUUUAGAAAGCUUCCAGUUGCGCUUUAAUAAGAAGAGAAAGGGUCUGUACCGCAAGGCCGUCACUGAGGCAGCCAAGGCUGCCAAGCAGCUCACGCCCGAGGUGCGGGCCCUGCUGACGCAGUUUGAGACGUGAACGUGGAGAGUAAGCUCAGAGACACUAAUGACCCGCUGUUUUUAUGGAACCUCACUACACUGCCACGAAGAGCACCAGCUCAUCAGGACUGAGAGAAAUCUGAGACUGACUUGUCCUAUUUUUCCUCUGAAAUCUUCACCAAGUAGUAAACAUUUUUUUGAAGGGGAAAGGGGGUAAAAGAUGUUAAAGCUCCCCCUCGCACCGUUAGGGCACCUGUACCUAAUGUACAUUUUCCUUAAAAUUUCAAAAGAUGUUAGGAAAUAUUUUAUAAAACUUUUUUGCAAUAAAUGACGCAUGAAAUGACGAAAGACUCUAUGACACUUACAUGCAAGGAACCACUUGAAUUAUUAGGAUGAAGACUCACUGCAGAUAACUGGGGUUUUUGUAAUGUGACAGUCACGUUUGUAUGUUUUGAGAGGUGCCAGUGACGGAGCCAAUUUGCCUGGGAAGUUGACUGUAACUUUUGAACUUUUCUUUUAAUUCUUGACUUUAGCAUUGCAAUUUUCCAUUCUCUGAGGCUUAGUUAGUAUUUAGUGCAGGUGUUAGCAGAGCUGUGAUCUGUGAUCAAAGCAUGUCCGAACCCAGUUGUAUUGUGAAAUAUGAACAGUCCUGCUAUUGAGACCAACAUUUCCCAUAGAGCUGAUGGAAAGGACAGUGACCACAAACUCCAUGGAUCUCUGUUUUAUGGGAAAGCUCCUUCUGUGUGAAUAUGGUUGCAUUUUAUUUAUGCUAUUGUAACACUUAGGGAAUUGAGGGUUGUGAAAUAACCUUGAGAGGGGCUACAAGGCAGAGAGCAGCGUUUUGCUUAUAAUCCAUAACAGGAUGGGAAUCAUGAAUGGAGAGUGAUUCAUUGGGAUGGCAUUUCUAUUUCAAAUCAUGGGUUAUUUUUUCCUUUUGACAUGAAUAUUUUUCAGAUAGGUAACUAGUAGAGAGCAAAGGUUUUAUUAGAGUUUCUGAUGGUUGUUGAUCUGAGUUGCGUUGACUUCUUUGAAAAGCUGUAAAUCAAAAAAAAAGAAACCCACUGGGUUUUAUCCAUUUUAUUCCCCUCCCAGAAAGGUCUUGGGUAAGACUGACUUCAAUGGAGCUUGGGAAUGCUGGACACGCUGCUGAAAUCUUGAGUUAUUAAAUAUUAAUUUAUUUGUCACUAAUUAUUUCCAUUGUGUGCACACUGUCUCGGCAGAACCAUUUCUUUAAAGUUCUUAGCAGGGGAUUUAUUGUGUAACCCAGGAAAAUAAAUAUUUGUUUUGAAGAUAUGAAAAUGUGCACAUAAUCUACUAAAAAUCAAAUUUCUGUUUCUGUAGAGAUGAAAGGACUUGUAGGAGACUCUUUUCCUCCUUACUGAUAUCCUGAUUCAAUUGGAGAAAAUAGAGUGUCUUUGUCUGGAUCGUUUAAAACCAGAGGGACUUUUCCAAGGGGGCCUCUGGGUCAGCACAAAGACAAUUUCUUCGUGUCUGGAGCCUGAAUGAACCACAUAAAAUUUGAAGUUAGGACAACUCUGUCAUUGGCAACAGGUUUAUACUCGUUAAACAAUCGGAGAGGGGGAAAGUGACAGGCUGGGACAGGCCCCCAAACCCCAGCCAGGCCCAUCAGGGAUUCACACACUGAGUGUGUGGCAGCUCGUGCUUUGUGCUGCUUCAGUGUCUGCUUUUCAGAGCUAAAUUCUUUAUUUAUAAAUGCAGAAAUUGAAUAUUCACUACCUACUUUUUUAAAACAGGCUGUACAAUGCUGUGCAGUGCAUUCAAAUUGUACCGUUUGCCAUAACGAUUUCACCAUUAAGUACAAACUUUUUUUUUUUUUUUUUUUUUAAUUUGGAUGAAUAUUUGUUCUACAGUGCUUUUCCUUUUCACCAGUGGAAGAGGCCCAGCAGUCUGGUCCUGCUCAGGGCCUGGGAUGUGAACUAGAACUGAAAGCUUGAGACAUGUGAAUGAGGAAAGGGGUGCCUUGGUGCCGGGUCCGUGCCAGCCUUUCACCUCCGCUUGGAUUGACAAUGGAUGGGGGCUUGGCCUAAUCAGGUACAUUGUCCCCAGCACCUCCCCCUAAAAAACCAAACAGAAAAGCCACCAAACCACAUGGCACAAACCAGUUUCUGCUCAGGAAAAAGGCCCGGGACUGUGGUGGCAGGGUUGUUGCACAUGGCAUUGAGGAGUGCCUGCUGUUGUUUUGGAAGCCGGUAGUGCCUGGCUGUGCCCCCGGAUCCCCCAGGGCUCUCCUCCCCUCCCUGAGCACAGCAGCUGAACCAGGAGGGAUUAACCCAAGGGAUGCAGGUGUGCACUGGAGAAUAUGGGUAAAGAGCAAAUAGCAUCCAAGGGAGCUCAUGUCUGCCUUGCUUUUCCCAGCAUUGCGUUGGAAACCACAUUUUCAUUUGGAAAUGAAAUUGUCAGGGAUAUUCUAAUGAGAGAGAGUGACAGUAAUGUAUUGCUUUUCACUUUUUUGCUUUAGUUGCUUAAUAUUUAAGCUUUGCUCCGUGCUACCUUCUUGUCUGUAUAUUGAAUGGUCACUAUGCCUCUUUCAUUUUGUAGACUUGAAUGAGGAAAAUCUGAUUCACCCUUUAAGGUUUGCUGAGAAGUAAAAAUGAUAAAGAAUGUUGUGUAACAUUUAUUCAAAUAAAGCCUUGAUUUUUUUCAGUGCUCUUUUAAAGGGAAAUAAUGUUUUGAUGUCUUUAACUUUCUGGCUUUAUUAGUCCUUGACCCCAAAGCCUUUGAUUUAUGUCAGAAGUGGUUUUUCUGGAUUAAACAAAGAUUAAACUCAGGUUGCUGGUCCACUGCUGGAAUUCCAUCACGUUGACAAGUCUCUACCUAACCUCACCUUUCACCACAGUGGCUGAAAGAUCCCAAGCCAUGCUCAGCCAGCUGGAUGCUUCCCAAAGCAGUAGGAAAAAUUGUAAUUAGUAAGAAAAGAUGGUGUGGUAGAGGCAGAUCCAAGGAAGCCCUGGUGGCUCCACAGUCCCAGGAGGAGGAGGGGAUGCUGUGGGAAGGGGCUCCUGCAGUCCUUGGGCUGUUUUUUUAUGGAGUUCUCACAGUUUCAGACAAGGCUUGCCCUCACAGGUAAGUGUACAGGGGAUUUCUCCAUCCAGGGAGGAAUUGCCUUGUCCUCAGCUGUGUUUCCUUGCCCUGGAGCAGGGAUCAGGUGGUGCUGGAGAGGUAA